CUGAUAUAUAUAUUGUUUACAGAGAAAAAAAAUAAAACAAUAUGGACACCAAUAGCAACAUUGCUAAAGGAUGGAGGGUUCUAAGUGGUGAAGAUAACUGGAAGGGUCUAUUGGACCCUCUAGAUAUUGAUCUACGGCAGCAGAUCAUUCACUAUGGAGAAAUGGCUCAAGCAACUUACGACAACUUCAUCUCCAAUAAGUUGUCCAAAUAUGCAGGAAGCAACCGGUAUGCAAAGACAGACCUCUUUGCAAAGCUGGGUCUAGAUCCAUCGAUGUACCGCGUGACUAAAUAUUUGUACGCAACAUCAUCAACCCAUGUCCCCGAUGCAUUCAUCUUAAAGUCUCUAUCAAGAGAGGCAUGGAGCAAAGAAUCAAACUGGAUGGGAUAUGUUGCGGUGGCCACGGAUGAAGGGAUGGCUAAGUUGGGGAGGAGAGACAUUGUGAUUGCCUGGAGAGGAACAAUUCAGCCCUUGGAAUGGGCUAACAACUUGCAAAUUCUUUUAGUCUCACCUUCAAACAUAAUUGGAGAGCAAGAUGAUGAUACUAAGGUGCAUCAAGGAUUUUACUCUAUCUACACUUCAAAAGAUCCAAGAUCACCAGUCGCCAAGACCAGUGCUAGGGACCAGGUUCUUGCAGAGAUCAAAAGACUUGUCGAGGAAUACCAAAAUGAAGAAAUUAGCAUAACUGUAGUUGGUCACAGUUUGGGUGCAGCAAUUGCAACCCUAAAUGCAUUUGAUAUAGCUGCCAACGGAUUUAACAUUCCUAGAAACCACCCAGACAAGGCAUGCCCUGUGACAGCCUUUGUGUUUGCAAGCCCAAGAGUUGGGGAUUUAGACUUCAAAAAGGUCUCAUCUAGGUUGAAGAAUCUUCAUAUUCUACGCAUUCGUAAUGCCCUAGAUAUUGUUCCAAAGGUUCCAUUCAUAGGCUACAAAAACGUGGGUGAAAAAUUGGCAAUUAACACUACCAAGUCAGAGUACUUGAAGCAUCCUGGAAAUCUGCAAAGUUGGCAUAACUUGGAGGCUUACCUUCAUGGUGUUGCAGGUACACAAGGAUCAAAAGGAGGAUUCAAGUUGGAAGUUGAUCGGGAUAUUGCACUUGUUAACAAAUCAUUGGAUGCUUUAAAAGAUGAAUAUUUAAUACCAGCUUCCUGGCGAAUUGAAAAGAACAAGGGCAUGGUUCAACAGACAGAUGGCUCUUGGAAGUUGAUGGACCAUGAGCCAGAUCAUCUCAAAGAUUAUUUCUCAAACUCUUGGAAAUUGAUGGACGAUAAGCCAGAUUAUCAGGAAGAUGAUUUCUCGAUCUUUACUAAGGCUGAGAAAAUUAUGAAAGCUUAAAGUCCACUAUCUAAUUGAAGUUGUUUUAAGUAAAUGUUUCCUUACAAUAAGAUUUAUUAAGCUAGGUUAUGAAUGUAUGUUGGAAUCCCAUGUAGUGGUUUAGGUUUUGAUUUUUGUAUUGUUGUCAAGUUUUCCUAUGAGCUUUACUUGUUGCCCCUUAGGACUUUGUCUUCAGCUAUCGUGCAUACCUUUUUAUUUUUAUUUUUCUGUUUUUUUAUUUUUAUUUUUAUUUUUUUGUAAUAAAUCUCACUCAUCCAAAACCAGUUGGUGGUGGGCAUGUUUCAUUAAUCCAUAGUCGAAAGAAUUGUAAAUGGUGGU